GGGGCAGGAUCCUGGCAGAUGGGUGGAUGUGGGUGUGGAGAGGGCAGGUAGGCAGGAGCCAGGUGGAAGUGGCCAAGGGAGACGGGUGUGCUGGGCUACCUCCAAAAGUGCAGACGUCCCUCAAGGAGGGUGAGGCAGAACAGCCUGGACCUCCAGUGGAGGAUGGGGAGGAGAGGACCAGGAUGCGCCUGGGCCCCCAGCAGGCCUGUUCAGCUCCCUGCUGCCCCACCCCCAGGGACAAUCAGGGAUUCAGACCCUGGGGGGAACAAUGGAGCCCUUGAGGGCCCCUCCUCCACCCCCCAUUGUGCUUGGUGGUGAGAGGUGGCCCUAGCCCUGGCCCGGCAGUAUGCCCUCUGAGAGGAACAGCGUCCGGCCGGCAGGUGGAGAGGCUCAGCCAGAGGCUUGCAUUUCCAGCCUGGAGAAGGUAGGGUGCUGCUGGGGCCACAUACUGUGGUAAGGGGCUCAGCUGGUCCACACUCAGACAGCAGAGUUGGAGUUUCAGAGUUUCUUGACACCAGCCUCUCAGACUCUGUAGGGGCUGUCACAGGAGGUACCACUCCUGGGACACUCACUGGGGCCAUGACCAGACCUUGUCUUGCUGUAUCAGAGAGGCUUCAGGGUGUCCAUCAGUUUAGGCCCACCUGGGUUCCUGGCUCUUCUGAGGUACUUAGCUCCUUAGUGAAGGGAGGGAGAUGGAGCCUAGCUGGUGAGCUCAGGGUGCAUUCAGUUACCUCCCCAGCAGCUGAGACCCCUCAGGCUGCAGUAGGAUGGGCCAGUCCAGCCCAGCCAGUUGCAUCUUGUCCUGAGGCUAGGAUGGGAGCAGUGCUGGGCAUGAGGCCCAGUCUCCACUUGUUCUGACUGAGCAAACUUCUCUCUUGCUAUUUGCCUGCCUGCUGCCAAGCAGACCCUUUCACAAGCUGGGCCUGCACAGCUUCUAAUGGGUGGUGGAGCUCUAGGGCUGGCACAACAGCCCUCAGAAUGUUGCUGUGAUUUUUUUUUUUGGUCUUUUUGAAAUGGUCUCCCUUAGCCACAGCUGGCCUGGAACUCACAGAGAUCUGCCUGCCUCUGCCUUCCAAAGAGCUGGGACUACAGGUGUGUGCCACCAUGCCUGGCCCACUGUAGUUCAUUCUAAUGUGCUGCCCACCUGCCUGCCCCAUCCAGGGACUGGGACUGCAGAGAGUGAGCAAACCCAGGUGCAAGGAUGGGUUGCCAAAAGGGGAAGCAAGUCUGAGGGUGGAGGGACCUGUCUAGGAGGGCCUGCUGCCUACUAGGCACACUUGGAGCCUCUGUUAUAUAGGGAGGCCACCGUGGGCCCAGCUGGGGAAUGUGCUUUAGAGGUAGGCAGAGGACAGGACCCUGGCUCAGCAAUGAGUGGGCAGGUAGACAUGACAGGAGGGCUGAAGAGGGCCAAGAAGAGGGUGAGUUGAGGCUGUCUGCAUGGAGUUGGGCAUAAAUGUGCCUCUUAGACCAUUCCAAAGGGGACAGUGGUGCCCGUCGUGGUGGGAGGCAGAGGCAGUUGGAUCUCUGCACAGGUUCAGGUCUAUACAGCAAGUUCCAAGCCUGCUGAAGCUUAAAAAAGAAAACAAAAAGAUGUUCAAUGUUUACCUCGUGUGUCGCUAAUUCCUCCACCUAGGCCAAUGGCUCUUCCUGAAGUGCCGUUUGAGGUUGCCCUCAGCCUGUAGGUGCUGUCCAGGGUAGUGACUCCCUUCCUUCCCUACCAGGCCUGGGCUGGCCCUUUUCUUUCCCUGGUCCUCUAUCUCUGAGUGAACAGUGAUCCUUCCAGCCCGAUCUCCCACCCAGGUGACUGCCUGCUUGAGCUUCCAGUUGAGAGGUGCAGAUGAGAAAGGGCAGCAGGCCAGACCUCGCAGAUGUACAGCUCAGGGGAGGAGGUGGUAUGGCCUCUACUGGGUACCCAGGGGUGAGGGCCGGCAUGCCAGGUCCCAGUGCUAUUGGCCACAGGUAACCGUCACACCUCUCAUCUGUACAUCUUGGUAGCUUUGGAAGGCAGCUAGAGACCCCUCGAAAGUAUUCAUGUUCACGGACAGUUCACUGACCACAAGUCACACCCAGCUGGCUACUUUGGGGUUCUGGUCAAUUCAGGGCCUAGGAUUGGAUGUGAGAAGACAUUACAGGGGCGGUCAUACCCUCCUAGAUCUAGAGAGGUCUUCACAGGGAAACAGGACUGACUGGUCCCACAGCUUAGAGUACACUCACACGGAUGAGCUGUGUAUUGUGUGUGAGGUGCCCCUUGGUGAAACUGAAGUCCCCCCCGCCCCGGACCCAGCUGUAGGAGUGGCUUUGGGCAGAAGUUUCUUGAAUGAACCCUCCAGUUAUCUAUGAAUGAAUGUUGGGGGCAGCUCCAUACCUCUGUGAUAGGGUCCUUUAUCUUCAACAUGCUUAGAUUCCUAACAGGAUUUACAGAAAAGUUCCUAUGGAUUCCCCUCCCUCCCCCCAUAACCCAGUCUGCAUUAGCACAGAGUGUGUCACCACAAUGAACUGAACAUUGCUGUCUCUGUUAGCUGAAGGCCACAGUCCAUCCAGGGUUCCUUGAAUUUGCUCGUCCCCUCCACACACUCGGACACCCCUUGGAUGACAGUCCUUUCGUGGCUACCCAUGGCUACUGGCAUACUCCCCAGGCAUUUUGUAGGGGUCCUUUAUUGGAAAUUGGCUCAUGUUUUUCUCAUGCUUUGUUGGGGGCUGUGAGUGUCAGGGGGAAGGCUACUGGGGUGAUGAGUCCAUCUUUAUAGAUGGUAUGACUUAAUGGCCAUGAUACCCUGAGUUGCCUGCUCAAGUGUGUUCACUCCUAAGUGCCAACUCCUUUCACUCGGGGUGGAGGUGUGCACCCUAGUCCUGUGUGGAAUGCCUCUGUAAGUGGUUUGGAGGUUCUUGGGUUAGGGGUUGUCUCCUAUCCUCAGUGUGGUUUACUCAUCGAUGCAGUCGCAGACACCUGGGCUAUCUAGAGCCCAAUCUGCAGUCUGUAACCCUACCUUUUAAAAUGUAUUGCUCAGGUUGUUGGAGCUUCACUGUCUCCUACUGACACACCUGUCAAUGUUCUUGAAUGCAUGUGUAUGUAAGCAUGGCCUUCCUUGCUGUGCUUGCUCCAGAUUCUUCUUGUGUGUCCCCUGCCCAGCCAUCCAAUCAGCCACUUCCCCAGGGAGUCCCAGUUCCUCUUACUGGAAUAGACGUUAGAAACCAAGACCUGGGACCCAGAUAUGUUCUUUUGUUUGUUUUGUGGUGGGAGAGGGGCUUGAGAAAGGGGUCUCAAUAUAGCUCAACUCAUUGUGUAGCUUAGGAUGACCUUGAAACCCUGAUCCUCCUGCCUCUACCUCCCAAGUGCUGGGAUUACAGGUAUGAAACCAUCACUUCCAUCUCCAGAUGUGUUCAUGCUCCAAGUGUUUCUUCAUUUAGGUCCUUUCGGGGCACAGAGCAAUGACAUACAUACAUGUGCACAAACCACACUUUCCACAGUGUCUCUAAAUAUUCUGGAUAAAAGCCUGCCUGUCUCGUGCUGAACGUGAGUAUAUUCUGGAGUCUCCAGCUGUGGUUCUUUAUAACAUGGGUGUUCAUCAGGCACACUGAUGGAACAGUGAUGUCAGAAGUUAACUUUUCCUAGGGGUUAGGAAGCAUUUGAUAGGCAGAUUGGAUGGUUGAGUGUGUGUGUAGGUACUAAUGCACAUGUGUUGAGUGUGCAUGUACAUAAAACGUGCAUAGUCUUGUGCCUGUGUUAAUCAGGCACAAGGCAGGGAAAGGGUAGUGAGCCAGCUAAAGAAUGGGCAGGCCACUGGGGCUGUGGCUGGGUGAGAACCUGACAUUUGCACUAGUUAGAAGACGAUGGAGGAGCUGGGUACUGGUGCAUGCCUACAACCCCAACACUUGGCAGGCAGAGGUAGGAGGAUCAAGAGUUCAAGGUCAUCUUCAACGAUACAGUGAGUUUGAGAUCAACUUGUACAACAUGAGACCCUGUCUUUUGAAAAACUGCCCAUUGGAGGGCAGUUAGGGGAGAUCUGAUGGGUGGACAGAUUCUAUCUAAAAUACCGUAGUCGAUACAGAGCCAGGUUCAUAGGGAAGAGUGGAGUGGCUCAGAUCUGGAGGGGCAGUGACCACCUGGGCCCAAGUGAUGCAGGGUGGCAAGUGUGGGUUCAGAGUUUGCUGAUAGAUUGGAGACAUCCAGGACAUAGCUACCAAUGUAAAGUGUCCAAGGAUGGAGAUAAUUGCUUUGUAGGGAAGAUUGGCAUAUGGUUUGACCCUCUGUAGUUUAGGUGUCUGCUGGUACUCCAGUGCCAAGGCUAGGCAGGAAAGAGUUCCAGGCUAGAGCUUUGAAGUCUGACUUUUUGAGGUCAGCUCUAGGACACAGCACUGAGCACCAGGCUUGAGAGCAAAUAGCUAUGACUGCAUGCAUGUGUUGAGUGAUAGAGGUCCUCCCAGGGCAAAGCCUCAUUGUCAGACCUGCAGCAAAGUCAGCCAAGGGCUAAGCCACAGUGUCUCACUGGUGACCUGCACAAAUCUCAACUCCUUGUACAGUGCUCAUCAACCGUGGCAGGAGCACAUCUACCAAGGAAUUUGCGAACUGCCAACCAAGACCUUCCCAGAGAGCCAGUUAAAUAUGCACAAUGGUCCCGCCUGCUCGCUCCCAUGACCAAUAUGAGCUGGAGCUUCCUGACGCGGCUGCUGGAGGAGAUCCACAAUCAUUCCACCUUCGUGGGCAAGGUGUGGCUCACCGUGCUGGUGGUCUUCCGCAUUGUGCUGACGGCCGUGGGCGGCGAGUCCAUCUACUCGGAUGAGCAAUCCAAGUUCACCUGCAACACGCGGCAGCCGGGCUGCGACAACGUCUGCUACGAUGCCUUCGCGCCCCUGUCACACGUGCGUUUCUGGGUCUUCCAGAUCGUGGUCAUCUCUACUCCCUCAGUCAUGUACCUGGGCUACGCGGUCCAUCGCUUGGCGCGCGCCCAGGAGCAAGAGCGCAGACGUGCCCUCCGCCGUCGCCCAGGCCCCCGCCGUGUGCCCCGGGCGCACCUGCCACCACCACCUCCAGGUUGGCCGGACGCUGCAGAUCUGGGCGAGGCGGAGCCCAUGCUGGCGCUGGAGGAUGAGGAGGAAGAGGAGCCGGGGGCUCCUGAAGGCCUCGGGGAGGACACCGAGGAGGAGCGCGGGGAGGAGGCGGCCGCCAAGGGAGCCUCAGGCGACAGCAAGCCGCUGGCGGCCUCUGUGGGUCCGGCAGGGCAGCACGACGGGCGGCGGCGCAUCCAGAGGGAGGGCCUGAUGCGGGUGUACGUGGCCCAGCUGGUGGUCAGGGCGGCCUUUGAGGUGGCCUUCCUGGUGGGCCAGUACCUGCUGUACGGCUUCGAGGUGCCUCCCUUCUUCGCCUGCAGCCGCCAGCCCUGCCCGCACGUGGUGGACUGCUUCGUGUCGCGGCCCACGGAGAAGACGAUCUUCCUGUUGGUCAUGUACGUGGUCAGCUGCCUGUGCCUGCUGCUCAACCUCUGCGAGAUGGCGCACCUGGGCCUGGGCAGCGCGCAGGACGCCGUGCGCGGCCGCCGAGGGGCCUCUGCUCCGGGUCCGGGCUCCGCGCCGCGGCCGCCGCCCUGCGCCUUUCCCGCGGCUGCCGCCGGCCUGGCCUGCCCGCCGGACUACAGCCUGGUGGUGCACGCGGCAGAGCGAGCGCGUGCGCACGACCAGAACUUGGCUAACCUGGCGCUGCAAGCGCUGCGGGACGGGGCGGCGGCGGCGGCGGCGGGGGACCGGGACAGCCCGCCCUGCGCAGGGCUCAACGCAGCUUCCCGGGGGCCACCGAGGGCCGGCGCCCCAGCCUCUGGAACCGGCAGCGCCACGUCGGGGGGCACGGUCGGGGAGCAGGGCCGGCCGGGGCCUCACGAGCAGCCUGCCAGUAAGCUCAGGGCCGGCUCAGAGAAGGGCAGUACAGGCAGCAGGGACGGAAAGGCCACUGUGUGGAUAUGAGGGCACUGGGGAGAGCUUAGGGAGGGCCUGACGUGGGGGCUCUGUGGAAAUCUAUGUCCUCAGUUGUGACAGCAGGCAGAACCUGGUGGCACCGGGCCCACCCUGGAGGAGGGAAAGGAGGUGAAGGCCCUCGGGAGGCACUGGCUCCAGCACCUCCUUGCAGGGUGGGAAGGGAAGCCAUCAGAGCUGUGUCCCAAGCACUGACAGCACCUCCAGGCCAUGCUUAGCAUGGAUGGCCCUCCCCUCUGCUUGGGGCUACCAGUCUUCCCUCCGAAGCUCUCCUGCAGCUGCCCCAUAGGACGGGGUGUCUGGCCUAAACCUUUUGGGUGACUUUGCUUGUCUUAUUCCCUGCAGCAGCCUAUGGGGUUCUCUGUAGCCCCCUCAGCCCUUACAGAAUUGGGCCACUCCCAGGUCUUCCUUGCACAGAGCCAAGGCAGGUCCUGGACAAGCAGCUCCCUGUGCUCAGUCCCCAGUCUACACCCAGCUUCUGGCUCCUGGCCUGAGCAGAGUGGGUGAGACUGGAGGAGGCCUGGACUGAGCACCACCACCUCUCCCUGAGCCGUGAUGGCCUGGCAUUGCUCCUUCCUUGGGGACAUCCUAGAUGUUCUGUCAUGCAGUACUGCUUGGAUCCACAAGGCUGUGAUCCAGGGCUGUGGCUUUGGCCAUGCUGGGGGAUGGAGCUCUCAGAACCUGUCCCCAGCUUCUAUGCUCUUCUCCCUAAUUCAGAGCCAACCUUAAAAACAA